AGUGUUAGAGAGAGAAUUAUGCAAUCUCCCUAUGGUAAAGUUCAUGUAGGUGAGUAUGGGCAGUAUCCCCCUCCUUACUACAGAGAGAGGAGUCCUCGCAUUAAACCUACUGAUGGUUCACUAAGUGAUUCACCUUACUCAAACUAUGCAGAAUUGCAGUACAGUGGAAGUCCUUACAGUAGUCCGUAUUCUUGGGUGUCAAGAAGCAACUACGCUAGCUCAGUGGCAUCUGCUCCAACAAGACCACUGGGUGGCAGUCUGACAGAAGCAGAGAGCAUGGAGAGUAUAAGCUCAAGCGCUUCGAGUAUAGCUGCACAAAUCCAGCACGCUCGGGCCACCAGUCUCACACAAGCCCGCCUCAUGAUGCACCAGCGGGAAAUGUCCUCCUCACCCUCCCCUAGGCUCGCUCGCUCCAAUAGUGUUAGGUAAACACCCAUCCUUCACAUAGUAUAGAUAGUG